AUGCAGCUUAUUGGUAGCGCUUUGGCGCUCGCGACGGCGGCGCUCCCUCUCGUCGCGGCGCAGGACAAGUCGGCGGAGUUCCUGCCCGAGUCCCAGAUCUCGCUCGUCCGCGAGCGCCUCGACGAGUUGUCGCAGCUCAGCUGGGAGCUCGGAACACGCGCGGAGGCGCUCCUUGAGCACGACGCGCCGCAGUGGUCCGUGUUCGCCGACCGCCCGCUACCCCCGCCGCAUGUCGUCGCACCAGAGGACGACUCGGACGGGUUGCAGGAGGUCUUCGCGAUCGCGCGCCGUGUCGUCACAAACCGUACGAUAGCGAACGGCGGGAUCGUGGGCCCACAGCCGCUCAUGAUGGAUGGCGCGGCGGCGGAUCCGGCGUCAAACCUGGUCGCGGUGUUGUUGGCGGACUGGACUGGGCAGGAUAAGGGGACGGUGGAUUAUGCGGGAGCGGCGAAGGAUCAGCUAGACUUCUUGUGGUCCGCGAAUGUGAGCAAGACUGAGGACGGGGCGAUCUCGCACAGGGUGGAGCCGGUGUCGCUGUGGAGCGACUUUCCCUUCAUGGUGCCGACGUCAUUUGCGUACGCGGGCGUCUUGUCGGGCAACCAGUCGUAUGUCGAGGAGGCGUACCACCAGAUCAAACUGUACCGCAACUACCUGCGCGACACCGCGGCUGGUAACCUCUGGCACCACAUCGUCUACGGCUGGUGGACUGAUGCUGGUCACUGGGCGACUGGCAAUGGCUGGGCUGCCGCAGGCAUGCUACGUAUUCUUGCCACUAUCCAGCACUCCAUCUACGCUCCACUCAUGCUCAAGGAGCAGGCCGACCUGACUGCUUGGGUUAAGGAAAUUCAUACCGCCGUCUUCCCUCACCUCGACGAGACCCGCAUCUUCCUCAACUACGUUGACGCGCCCAUCACCGACGAUAACAACUUCUACGACGCGGCGGGCACGGCGCUCCUCGCCACCACCGUCUACCGCUAUGCCCUCAUGACCGGCGACACGACGCAUAUCCCGUACGCGCAGGCCAUCCGCGAGGAGCUGUCGCGCAAGAACGGCACCGAGUACGCGCAUUUCACUCCGGAAGGUGUCUUGAAGCCGGUCGUCAACCCGCACGACUAUUCGUACCAGGGAGACGCGAGUGCGGAGGGGCAAGCGUUUAUCAUGAUGCUCGAUGCGGUGUACAAGGAGUGGCAGGCGGCGGGUGCGCCAGGGAUUGAGCUGUCGCUUGACCUCGACCUCGGCGUGUCUAUUGGCAAGAAGCGCGCCGGGUUCGAGCUGUCUGCGCGCUCGGAGGCAUCGGCGAAGCGGACGUGGAGCUCGCGCGACAUUGAGAACCAUCGUCGCGCCGGCUUUGCUCGUGCGCACUAG